AUGGGUGAGGCAUCCUAUGUGAUUGGAAUAGAAAUAUUCCGUGAUAGAUCGCAAGGAUUAUUGGGAUUGUCUCAGAAAGGCUAUAUCGAAAGAAUUCUUGAGAGAUUUAAUAUGAACAAUUGUUCAGCAGGAAUUGUUCCAAUUCAAAAAGGGGACAAAUUUAGUCUCAUGCAAUGCCCUAAGAAUGAUGUAGAACGAAAGGAAAUGGAAUCAAUUCCUUACUCUUCAAUUGUUGGUAGUCUGAUGUAUGCUCAGACUUGCACAAGACCGGAUAUUAGUUUUGCGGUCGGAAUGUUAGGAAGAUAUCAGAGUAACCCAGGAAUUGAUCACUGGAAAGCUGCAAAGAAAGUUUUGAGGUACCUGAAAGGAACGAAGGAUUACAUGCUCAUGUAUAGGAGAUCCAAGCAUUUGGAAGUUAUUGGAUACUCGGAUUCAGAUUUCGCUGGAUGUAUUGACACUAGAAAAUCCACGUUUGGUUAUUUGUUCCAAUUAGCUGAAGGAGCAAUAUCGUGGAAGAGACUUGGGGUUGUCGACACCAUUACCAAGCCGCUGAAAAUUUACUGUGAUAAUUCUGCAGCAGUAUUCUUCUCCAAGAACGAUAAGUACUCCAAAGGUGCCAAACAUAUAAAAUUAAAGUACUUUACCGUCAAGGAGGAAGUUCAGAAACAAAGAGUGUCACUUGAGCAUAUUAGAACUGAUCUCAUGAUUGCAGAUCCGUUGACGAAAGGUUUACAGCCGAAGAUAUUUAAAGAACAUUUGUGGAGUGAGGAAAUGGAAACAGUACACGAAGCACUAGAGGAGGCCAAACUUGAAAUUGAAAAGCUCAGGGAAAACUACCAAAGUAAAGUUGAGUUCUGCGACAACUUGAAACGAGCCCACAACGAGCUGGUAACCAAGAAUCAGGAGGCAAAUUUGAAAGUAGAGAAGCUCACUCAUGAAUUGACUGGGAAAGAAGAUGAACUUGCUGUCACGAAACAACUGUACGAAGCAAUUGAGACGAAAUUAAAAGAUAAGGAGACUGCUGUCAAGCAUCUAAGCUCUACAAAUGAUAAGCUUUGUGCUGACUAUGCUGAGAUGCUUCGGAAAUGUGAAGAGGAGAAUAAAGGGUUGGCAUUGGCUUUAGAUGGUGCCAAUGCAACCAAUACGGAUUUGGAGCAUCAGAUUCAUUCUCUCAAACAAGAGAUUGAGGGGCUAAGGGAAGUUGCAUCGGCUUCACAGAAGAAAAAGUCGUCGGAAGCUGAGAAGAGAGCCAAAGACUCCAAAGAGCCGAGAAACAAUAACGACAUGCUACUGGAUAUGGAGGAGGAAAACAGGAAGCUCGCGGAUCAACUAAAAUGGAGGAAGGAACAGUUCAUGAAUCUGGAGGAGGCUCAUGGCAAGCUCAGGCAACAACUUCAAAAAUGUGAAGAAGAGAAUAAAGGGCUGGCAUUGGCUUUAGAUGGUGCUAACUCAAAUAAUAUGGAUCAGGAGCAACAGAUUCGUUCUCUCAAAAAAGAAGUUGAAGGGCUAAGGGAAUUUGCAUCGGCUUCACAGAAAAAGUCCUCGGAAGCUGAGAAGAGAGCCAAAGGAUGCAAAGAGCCGAGACGCAAUGAUGAUAUGCUACUUGAUAUGGAGGAGGAAAACAGGAAGCUCACCGAUCAACUAAAAUGGAAGAAGGAACAGUUCAGUCAUCUGGAGGAGGCUCACGGCAAGCUCAGGCAACAACUUCGAUUAUAUGAAGAAGAUAAUAGAGGGCUGGCAUUGGCUUUAGAUGGUGCAAAUGCAACUAAUUUGGAUCAAGAGCAACAAAUUCGUUCUCUCAAACAAGAGAUUGAGGGGCUAAGGGAUCUUUUAUCAUCUUCACAGAAGAAGUCGUCUGAAGCUGAGAACAGAGCGAACACAUCCAAAGAGCUGAGACACCAUGGUAAUGUGCUACUUGAGAUGGAGGAGGAAAACAAGAAGCUCACCGAUCAACUUAAAUGGAAGAAAGAACAGUUCAGUCAUUUGGAGGAGGCUCAUGGAAAACUCAGGCAACAACAUCGAGAGGAGGAGAAAGAAUGGGUAAAGGAGAGAUGCACAUUGCUAGAUGAGAUUUCUAAGCUGCAGUUGAAUUUAGAUUCUCAGCUUAGAAUAUCGAAAGAUCUUGAAAGCCGGUUGUGGAUGUGCAAUCAGGCUUUAGCUCAUGAAGAAAGCAGGAGAAAGCUACUGGAAGUUCAACUUGCCGAGUCUAAAACAUCCUUUGACAGUGUCUGUGCAGAGUAUGAGGAAUCAAAGUCUACAAUUGAGAGCUUGACAAGUCAGAGGGACAAAGAAAUCGCGAAUCUAAGAGACAUAUUGGGCACAAGGGAUACACUUCACAAGGAAAUGGAGUACCAAUUCAGGAGGCUAGAGCAAGAAAAUCAUGAACUGAUGAUAUCCCUUAAAGAAUUCCAGGAAGCGAAAAUUCAAGAAGCUGGAGCUUCUUCUUCUUCCUUGUCAAAACUCCGAAACAAGCUCAAAGGCGUGGAGCAGGUGCACAAGGACUGUUUGAGUAAUCUCAAAACCAAAGAAGCUGAAUGGGCUUCUAAAUUGGAGCAACUUACGUGGGAGCUCGAUUGCUGCAAUUCUUCAUUACAGAGCAAAGACACAUUAAUAACUGAACUUCAAGAGGAGUUGGAGACAUGUGAAUCACUGACACUGCAGUUAACACUACAGAAUGAGGAGACUUCGAUGAUGCUGUUAGUGUUAAAAUCUCAGUUUUUGGAGCUCCAUCAAAGAGUUGCUGGUGAUUAUGCUUCAAUGGAACUGGAAAAGAGAGAAGGAGUUGAGAAUAUCUCUACUCUAAUCACGCAGUUGAAUACAAAGAAUGAAGCUCUUGUUAGAGUUCAGAAAGAUCUUGAAAAGGAGCGUGAAAAGGUAGCACUGCUAUCAGAAAAGGUCGAGUCGUUGAACUCUGAAGAACAACAACAGCAGCUUCCUUUACAAAGAGAGGUUGAUACACUGAAGAAAAUGCUGAAAGAAGCAUCGGCUUCUCAACAUCAUCUAAAGGAGCAGGUAUUGCAUACAAAGAGUGACUUGAAACAAGUUCGCGAUGCCUUGGAUAGAGCAAAUGAAGAACUAGCUGAAAGUUUCAGUGAAGGAAAUGAACUGGAAUUUGAAUUGCAGGUGUGGAAAUCUGUUGCUGAAAAGUUGAAAGUCAACCUGGAAGAAAACCAGGUUAUGAGGAGACAAGUAGAAGCCUCCCUCCUUGCCCAAGCCGAUGUUGAAUUUGACCUCAAACUAGAGACAGAAAACCUUGAACUCAAGCUAGCAGAAAAAGAUAGAAGAGUGAAUGAACUCCAGCUGCAGCUCUUUGACUUGAACGAGGAACUCACGAGAAGGGAACAAAAAACACUGCUUAAUGUUGAGGACAAGACGAUCUCUCAGGAUCUUCAGAAGGAGGUGGAGUAUUUGGAGCAAGAGUGGGUGAGAAAAGAGCUUGAAGGUGCCAUUUUAGCACAAGUGGAAGCAGAAACAAAGCAUAAGAACGAGAAAGAGAGCCUCUACCAGCUUGUUGAAGAGAAAGACCGCAGAAUAUAUGAUCUUCAGAAGGAGGUGGAGUAUUUGGAGCAAGAGUGGGUGAGAAAAGAGCUUGAAGGUGCCAUUUUAGCAAAAGUGGAAGCAGAAACAAAGCAUAAGAAUGAGAAGGAGAGCCUCCACCAGCUUGUUGAAGAGAAAGACCACAGAAUAUAUGAUCUCCAGCAGCUUGUUAACUCACUGGAAAUUGAGUUUGAAAGUUCAACUAGCUCAUUUUCAGUCAGACUCUCAGAGAUGCAAGCAGAGGUUGAUAUGUUUCAUAAAACUUGGGAGAAGAUGAGAACAGCUGAGAUUCUGAAGGAGAUCGAAAUACAGAUGGGGAACUUGGUGAUUGCUGAGUUGGAAAAUGAUUUGUCCGAUUCUGUUGGAGAAAGGACAGAACUUGAACCUAAGCUAGAAGCGAAAAGAUCAGAGAUAGAUAUGUUGCAGCUUAGACUUGAAAAACAAAUAAGAAGUUCAGAUAUUGUGAUCAAGAAACUUCAUGGAGAAAAGGCGAAGCUUCUUGACGAUGUCAAUAAAUUGUCAUCAGACAAGGACAAGUUGCUUGAUACUUUCAUGGGAUUAUCAGAAAGAAUCGACCUUAUAUCUAAGGAAGAUAUGCAGUUAAGUGUGAGUUUGGAAAGGAUGGUACAAAACUGUGACAACAGCAGUAUGUUGGAAACAGACUUGAAAUGGGAUAAUGAAUUUGAUCCUGUUAAAGAGAAUAAAAAUAGACGACAACCUUCCACUCCAACCAAGAGAUUAGAAGCUAUUAUUGAUGAUAGAUCGCCGUUGAGAUCUCUCAACAAUUAGCUUGUGUAAUUCAGAAUAGGGAAGAGAAGUUAUUUUUGUAUAGCUUCUUGACAAAUGUAGUUUUUAGUGAUCCUUGUUAUUUACUUAUUUAAGAAACCAAGGAAAACUGUCAUUUACCUCUGCA